AUGGUGCUCCACAUCGUCACAAUGGCCUUCCUCUGGAUCGUGUCCUGCCUCGCCUUCGUCAGCGCCGCCUACGGCUGUGGGACCCCGGCUAUCACCCCCCAGGUUUCCGGUUACGCCCGCAUCGUGAACGGAGAGGAGGCUGUGCCCCACUCCUGGCCCUGGCAGGUUUCCCUCCAGCAAUCCAACGGCUUCCACUUCUGUGGUGGUUCCCUCAUCAACGAGAACUGGGUGGUGACCGCUGCUCACUGCAACGUCAGGACCACCCACUAUGUGAUCGCCGGAGAGCACGACAAAGGAUACGGCUCCAACGAGCAAGUCCAGAAGAUCAAACCCGCCAGAGUCUUCACUCACCCCCAGUGGAACCCUCGCACCAUCAACAAUGACAUCGCCCUGAUCAAGCUGGCCACGCCCGUGCGCCUGAGCUCCAGCGUGUCCCCCGUGUGCCUGGCUGAGGCUGGAGAUGUCUUCAGCGCUGGAGACAUGUGUGUGACCUCCGGAUGGGGCCUGACCCGCUACAACGCUCCCAGCACUCCCAACAAGCUGCAGCAGGCCGCUCUGCCCCUGCUCUCCAACGACCAGUGCAAGAAACACUGGGGCAGCCAAAUCUCAGGAGUCAUGAUCUGCGCUGGAGGAGCCGGAGCCACCUCCUGCAUGGGUGACUCUGGUGGCCCUCUGGUCUGUGAGAAGGACAACGCCUGGACCCUGGUGGGAAUCGUGUCCUGGGGAAGCAGCCGCUGCUCCACCUCCACCCCCGCCGUCUACGCCCGCGUCACCGAGCUCCGUGACUGGGUGGACCAGACCCUCGCGGCAAACUAA